GAAGCAUAUAGACCUCCACCGAUAUAUAUAUAUAUCACAUCCGUGCAAAUUCUGUGAUAUAUAUCACAUCCGUGCUGAGUGCAGAAAAUGUUGAAAACAGAGCACCUCUGUACCCACUGACAUCCACUGAUCCUUCCAUCAUAGAACAGCAUCUCAAUCAUCAACCGACCUGUCUGCACAUCCAUGUAAGUCGCCGGAAUCUGAUUCUUCGAAGGUUAUUUCACAUCUGAAUUUCGGCAUUCAAUUUGCCGGAGAUGCAAAAGGUUCCCCGCCUAGAACCGGCGAGUUUGGAGUCUCUUGCCAAUGACCUCAAAGAGGAUACGCGUGACCCAUUGAUGUCGAGGGUUUCGAGUCUUCCCGUCGGCCUUUCAACUAACAAACAGAGGAGGCGGAAACCUCUUGCCAAGACGGUGUCUGCCCCAUGUCGCCCCGCCCGCCAAUCUUCCUUUAGCCGCGACUUUGGCCAUGCCGCCGCCGAGACCUAUUUGAUCACUCGUCUUUCCUUCAAGCUUCUUAGCUAUCUCGGGGUAGGCUAUCGUUGGAUUACACGACUUCUUGCUCUUGGUAUAUACGCUAUGCUGCUUAUGCCUGGAUUUCUCCAAAUUGCGUUUUAUUAUUUCUUCUCACCGAAUGUACGAAGAAGUGUGGUUUAUGGGAGUCAACCAAGAAAUAGAUUGGACUUAUAUUUACCAAUGGAUAGAAAUGGUUCAAAGCCGGUUGCAGUAUUUGUCACUGGUGGGGCAUGGAUUAUUGGGUACAAAGCAUGGGGUUCUCUCUUGGGGAAACAGUUAUCUGAACGUGAAAUCAUAGUAGCGUGUCUUGAUUACAGAAACUUUCCACAGGGGACAAUAGGUGAUAUGGUGGAAGAUGUUUCUGAGGGGAUCUCAUUCAUAUGUAACAAUAUUGCUGAAUAUGGAGGUGAUCCAAACAGGAUUUAUCUCAUGGGUCAAUCUGCUGGUGCACAUAUUUCUUCAUGUGUUCUUGUGAAGCAGGCAAUUAAAGAAGCAAGAGGGGAUAUGGUUUCUUGGAGCGUUUUGCUCAUUAAGGCUUAUUUCGGCUCAUCUGGGGGGUAUAGUCUACCCAACUUAGUUGAUCACUUCCAUGGUAGAGGGUUAUAUCGUUCUAUAUUUUUGAGUGUCAUGGAAGGUGAAGAGUCAUUGCAAAGCUUCUCCCCAGAAGCUUUGGUGCAGGAUUCAAGCUAUAAGGCUGCAGUGUCAUUGCUGCCUCACAUUAUCCUUUUCCAUGGUACUGAAGAUAAGUCCAUACCUUGUCAAGAAAGUAAAAGAUUUUUGAAUACUCUUUUGCGAGUAGGGGCUCGAGCAGAACUGAUAUUGUAUGACGGGAAAACCCAUACAGAUUUGUUUCUUCAAGAUCCACUAAGAGGUGGCAAAGAUGAUCUUUUUGACUAUGUGGUUGCCCUAAUACACGCUGGUGACAAAGAAGCUUUAGAUCGGGAUGCUAGCGCUCCGCCAAGAACACGACUUGUUCCUGAGAUUUUGUUAAAGUUAGCUCGAUGGAUCAGCCCCUUUUAAAAAGGUAUCACCAUUGUGGUUCUUAAAAAGCAAUAGAGCUCUGUGGCACCACUUGGGGUCCUUUCCCAAGGAGCUCUGAAGUGAAGUACAUUGCAGCAGGAGAGGUGAUAGUAUUUAUGAUGAUCUUUAUACUGUAUUAUAAUAUACUAUUAAAAUAAUAAUAAUAAUGUACUAUUAUGAUUAUGACUUGUAUGCAUGCAACUUUUACUAGUGUAUAUUAUUUAUAUAUUUAUAGUUUUUUAAUUUAUUUAUCAUCUAUUGUUCGAGAAUUGAAAAUGGAUGUUGUGUGGCACCUCUUGGAAAUUUGCCGUUUGAUGUUGUCUUUUCAGGUGUAUAUAUAUACACAAUUUAGGUUGGUUGCCAUUGAGAUGACUGAGAAAUU